AGAAUUUCCGACAUCUCUUGAACGUUAACUGUCGCUUAAGUUUUUUCUACCUGGCAGCAUCCCUUGAAUUACUAAGUCUUCACAGCAGUAGUUACAAGAUGAGCUGGGUCUCUGGCACGCAAGCUGAUCUACAAGCACUGCUAAACGUCACGGCGGAUUCCCUGGCAGAGCACUGCGGGCUGACUGGCGAUCAGCAGGAAAAUUCGCUGUCUCUCGAACGACAACUUGGUUUGCUUCAAAGGAAUCCAUCCCAAAGCAUAAUCAACUCAGAAUUUUGCGCCAAGUAUCUUCCUGCUCUUGUGGAUGCCUACAAUACACAAGAUACAGCAUUCAACGUACCCAUGAGAAUGCUCAAUGCUGUUACUCACCUGCCAUACUUUGCCAGGUUUCUGUUAACCACAGCUAGAUCGUCGAUUUGUAAGGCUCAAGCGCAUCGCAUGGUCACCAUGUCUCUAGACCCAGCAGAUCCUGUGUUCGUCGUAGAAAUGUGUCAGUUUCUCUCGACCCUCCUUGCCCUGCAAGGCACAAAUUCCGUCAGCGAGGAAGAUAAACAAGUGCUCCUUCCAAAACUGCGUCAGUGGAGCAGGAAGUACCAGAAGCAACAGAUCACGCGCUGCCUCAAGCAGCUCGAGGGCGAUCCGGAGACAACGCUCAUGGCAGAUGGCCUGAAACAACAUUGUGAAAGGUCUCUCAACGAAUGUGGCUUUGAAGGUUGUGGGAAGUCCGGAACCUCAAAGCUCUUGCAGUGCUCGCGGUGCAAAACAGCUGUUUAUUGCGACCGCGACCAUCAGAAGAAAUCAUGGCCGUUACAUAAACCAACGUGUUUUCAAGCGGUCUUUUGAAGCACAUUCAUGUGCUUGGACUUAGUGUCACUCUUCGCCACCACCAAGAAAUUUCUCUGUGUGGCUGUGAAUUCAGGAUAACCCGCAAAAAUAUCUUUUGGCCUUCGUUUCGUCAACUUACAGCAAGCAACCUUUGAUAAUGCAUCGAAUAGGCAAAGAAAUAAAUUUAAUACAGCUAGCCCUCGCAUACAUGAACAUUCGUCUGCACGCAUAUAAGCACGGAAAGCAGCCUCAGAGGAUGAUAGGCCCAUUAAUGAGCCCAUCUGACGUAGCCAUAUCAACAUCGGCAGAACCUUGCCCCUUGAUGGAACCAGAUAUUGAAACCUCUGUCGUGACUUCUUCUAUUUCAUGAGCAACCAGAUCUGCGGCUGUUUCCAUCUCUGCCAUGGCGCGCCUGCAAGCAACGUUUUCUUGUGAAAUAGAUGAGGG